CAUGGUGCUGAAACCUGUACGCCCUUUACAUCGCUUGCCUUUUCUUCAUCAUCUGUCUGAUGAUUCGAAUUCCCCAGCAUCUCCCAGCAAAGCAUGGCUCGGACCAAGUGUAUUUUAACAGCUGUCUCAGGGUUUUACUUCUGGGAGGCUGCACUCUUACUCAGUUUGGUUACAACAAAAGAAACAGACAGUGCUCGAUCCCGAAGUCCUCCAAUGUCGCCAUCUGAUUUUUUGGACAAACUGAUGGGCAGAACAUCUGGUUAUGAUGCAAGAAUCAGACCAAAUUUUAAAGGGCCCCCUGUGAAUGUCACAUGCAACAUAUUUGUAAACAGCUUUGGUUCAAUUGCUGAAACUACAAUGGAUUAUAGACUGAAUAUCUUUCUUCGCCAGAAAUGGAAUGACCCACGACUUGCAUACAGUGAAUAUCCAGAUGACUCGUUAGACUUAGAUCCAUCUAUGUUGGAUUCCAUAUGGAAACCUGAUUUAUUUUUUGCCAAUGAAAAGGGUGCCAAUUUUCACGAGGUUACUACAGACAAUAAACUUCUGAGAAUUUUUAAAGAUGGGAAUGUCUUGUAUUCCAUAAGACUAACUCUUACUCUGUCUUGCCCAAUGGACUUGAAAAAUUUCCCUAUGGAUGUUCAGACUUGUAUAAUGCAACUGGAAAGCUUUGGAUACACCAUGAACGAUCUCAUAUUUGAAUGGCAAGAUAAUGCACCUGUACAACUUGCAGAUGGACUCACACUGCCGCAGUUUGUUCUAAAAGAAGAGAAAGAUUUGCGUUAUUGUACCAAGCACUAUAAUACAGGAAAAUUCACAUGCAUAGAAGUGAGGUUCCACCUAGAAAGGCAGAUGGGAUAUUACCUGAUUCAAAUGUACAUUCCCAGUCUUUUGAUCGUCAUUUUAUCGUGGGUAUCAUUUUGGAUCAAUAUGGAUGCAGCUCCUGCAAGAGUGGCUUUAGGCAUCACUACUGUGCUUACAAUGACAACACAGAGCUCUGGAUCUAGAGCAUCUCUUCCAAAGGUGUCUUAUGUGAAAGCCAUUGAUGUAUGGAUGGCAGUGUGCCUGCUUUUUGUAUUUUCUGCCUUGUUGGAAUAUGCUGCAGUAAACUUUGUAUCAAGGCAGCACAAACAACUUUUGAGAUUUCAUCGCAGAAGAAAGAAGGAUAAGGAUGAUGAGGUCAGGGAGAGUCGCUUCAGCUUUACAGCUUAUGGAAUGGGACCUUGCCUACAAGCAAAGGAUGGGAUGACGCAAAAGGGACCAGUUAACCCAGCUCCUCCAGCACCAAAAACACAUGAGGAAAUGAGGAAGGUGUUCAUUGACAGAGCAAAGAAGAUAGACACACUAUCUCGAGCUGGCUUCCCUCUAGCUUUUUUAAUUUUCAAUAUAUUUUACUGGGUCAUCUAUAAAAUUCUCAGGCAUGAGGACAUACAUCAACAGCAAGACUAAAAUCCUCAGAGUUAGUAGCAUAGGCUGGCAAAGCAAUGCAAACACGUUGACUGCAUGGUAGGUGUAAGGGAUUCCAAACAUAAACAAAAUCUGCUUUAUACCUUACCAGAUAUCUUGGGUUUUUUUGUUUGUUUUAUGUUCAGGAUAGACUUACACCUACCACAUGCAUGUUUAAGUAUCAUCACUGAAGUAACUUCUAUGACUACUGCUGUAACGUU